AUGCCGCCAAGGCGCUGCCCAAACCGCCUCCUGGUGCUGUGCGCCUCCAUCAAUGAUGUCACGGCGUGGCCGUUUUGGAAGUUCUUGCAGAUGAAGAAGAUUCGCGGCGUGACGGACAUGGCGCUGCUCGCCUUCAACAGCGACGGCGGCAGCUUCGAGGCCCGCAUCGAUGGGGACAAAUACCAGCUCAAGAACUAUGCCAAGGUUCGCGGCUACCAGCAUGACAUGUUUGAGAGCUUUGUGCAUCGCUGGCACGAUCCGGGCCGAAGCUAUUUUGUGUAUGGCGGGCAUGGUAUGGGGGACUAUGUGGAGCUAGAACAGAACCGUGUUUCGCUGCAGGUGCACGAGCUCGCCGACGUCUUCGGCACGCGUAUCUUCGAAGCGGUGCUCUUUGACGCCUGCUUCAUGGCGAACCUCGACUGCGCCUAUCAUCUGCGCCACAACACGCGGUACAUCGGUGCCUGCGAGGGGUACAUGUGGGAGCCUGACACGGCCCUCGACUACCAUGUCUUCAACACCCACAACGCGAGCGCCAUGAGCCGCUUCAAAGACCCGCUGCACAUCCUCCGCGUUAUUCAGGCGGACUACUGCAGCAAGGCGCCGCGUGGCGACUUCACCAUCAUCGACACCACGCACAUCGCGGAGCUGCGGCAGUACGUGCAGGAGCAUGUCAUGCAGCGCGUGUAUGACCGGGCGACCUUCUACAGCCUACCGCAGCGAGAGCGACUGCAGCAAAUCGCCGAGGCGGCGAUUCAGGCGUCCAUAUCCCAGUUUGGCCACCCCGGCGGUGACACCAACGUGAUGAACGGCGUUGGCAGUGGCACUGGCCGCCCGCGCACCGCCUCAUUGUCACCCGAGAUGCUUGCACUUUCCGCCGCCGGCAGACCGACGCGGCGGCAGAGAAUGCUGCAGGCGAUUCAGUUCGAGCAUUCGCUUUACCCGUCUGAGGUAGACGACAAGCAGCUGCUCGACCUCAAGUCGUAUCUCACGGACAUGCUGCGGGAGGAGCAGCAGCAAAAGGCGUGGGAGGCAGCGGCGCUGGGGCCGCACCGCCGCAUUGCAGCGGGUCGCCGCCGCGUGCGAAGUGAUGCACUGGAGCAUGGUGGCAGCUCCGGAAUUGCCGCCGCCUCCUGUGCCUCGUCCUCCUUCGCCGUCUGGAAGGCGCCACCGUCGCGGGCGCUGUUCGUUGAUGAGCACGGGCGACUGCCCGCUGCCAGUUCUGCAGGGUGUGCACUGUCCACCAACGGUGGCCCAGUCGCAGCAACCGACACGCAGGAGGAGGCGACAGCGCUCUGUCCUGCAGCCCUUGCGAGCACUCCAGCGAUGGCAGCAGCGCCGCCUCCGUCUCUCUCCACCUCUUACAAGGGCAGCGCGCAGGAGGGGCUAAAUCUUUUUCACCAGGUUGUCGUGAGCCAGAUCCCACCCAAGGCCGCUUCCAUCUACGCGUCCCAGCUCGGCGGGUUAUCCUUCACGGUGCACGAGUACAGUGCCAUGUCUCGGCCGGCAGAGCCGUGGUUGGUGGGCUCCAAGAGGUUGCUGAAGCGUCGGGCAAAGCAAUUCCUGAAGAGCGGCGAACUCUCGGAGGUGGUGAUGGAGUCCCCGAAGGCGAGCGUGCCCGUCACAGGCGCUGCCCUCGUGGCAGCCGUGGAGAAGGCGACAGCAACGGCGGCGGCGGUGACGGGCGCCUCUGCAGGAAAACCCCAGCAUGCGACCUCCGUCCCCGCGCUGCCGCUGUCACCCAGAACACGAAUGCUCUCCACGGACCAGCGUCUAGGUUUCGCGAGCAGCAGUAAUGGCACAGACAGCGACAGCUCCUUGUCGCUCAGCUUGUCCGCACCGCUCUUCACCUCCUCCACGGAUGCGUGCAACAGCAACAUGAAGGCAGUAAUUCUCGACUCGCCACAGCGGCCUGGCUCCUAUACAUCAUUACCCGACUCCAAACAGCGUACAAGCGCUUGCUGA